UUCGAUAACGGAUUGAAAUGUGAUGAGUGAAAUUGCCAUCCCUAGGCUAUGGUUAAGCCUAGGUCAAAAUGUCAAUAAUUUUGAAAUUUGGGGAGGUAAUGUCGAUUGUAGAAAAUCGUGUAUACUGAGUCAAAUAUUUGAUUAAAUUUAGGAGUGCGUUGUAAUUGGUAAUUUACCCAAAAAAAAAAAAGAAAAAAGAAAAAAGGAGGAGGUAUCCGAACCAAAGAAAAGAACCACAGUGAUCCGAACCGGACCCAAAACCCAAAACCUCCGAAACCCCUGGGCUGGAGUCCAGAAUCCAUGGCUGCAUCUUCUACACCUCCUUAUUCAAACCCUCUAUCGGAGCAGCCACCUUCUUCUACAUUUCUCUGCGGCAGAGCUCUCUCUUCCAAACUCAAGCUCCGCCGUCACCACCAUCAACAACAACAACCCUCUACCAUGUCUCUUUCUCAAAUCCCAACAAAACCCACAUCCACAAUUCUUUAAAACCUCUCUCUCUCUCUCUCUCUCAAAACAUCUAACGCAUGGUGUAGCUUCUCUACUCAAUGACCCACUGUGUGCGAGCUUCUAAAGCUUUAGCCUUUACUACAGUUUCACACCCUUUUGCUCUCAAGGUACGUUUUUUCUUCCCUUUGUUUUCUUCCUUCCAUAACUGUCCCGCUAGUACUACAACCAUAGGCAUAGCUUCUACCGCCGCUACAAUCUCUGAGACCCAAUACAGAGACCUUAUUUUCGAUACCAUUGAAGAAAAGCCCUGGGCUUUUUGUAACAACAACUGGGUAUCUGAUCAAUUUCGAGCUGUUAUUGUUGACCCCGAGUUGUUCAUCCGAGUCCUUGAUUCGAUUCGGAUUAGACCCAGAAUUGCUUUGCGGUUCUUUCGAUGGGUUGAGGGUCAACCGGGGUUUAAGCCGUCUGAGUUUGCGUUUUGUGCUAUGCUUGAAAUACUUGUGAAGAAUAAUUUGAUGAGGUCGGCUUAUUGGGUGGUGGAGAGGGUUAUUAGUGUAGAUAUGCAUGGAAUUGUGGAUGUUUUGGUUGAUGGGUAUGUUGGCUAUGAGGUUUCGGUUAAGCUUCUCGAUCUUUUGUUAUGGGUUUAUACGAAGAAAUCCAUGAUUGAGCAAUGCUUGUUGGUUUUUGAUAAGAUGAUUGCAAAUGGGUUGUUGCCGGAUGUCAAAAAUUGUAAUAGGAUUCUUAGGAUACUUAGGGAUAGAAAUCUUGUAACUAAAGCUAGAGAGGUUUAUAGAAUGAUGGGGGAGAGUGGGAUUAAGCUGACGAUUGUUUCUUAUAAUACUUUGUUGGAUUCGUAUUGCAAGCAAGGGCAAGUGCAGCAAGCACUCGAGCUUUUGUCCGAGAUGCAAAGGAGAGGGUGCUUUCCGAAUAAUGUGACCUAUAAUGUGCUGAUUAAUGGGUUGUCAAAGAAAGGGGAGUUAGAGCAGGCCAAGGGGCUGAUUGGGGAGAUGUUGAAAUCAGGAUUGAAAGUUUCAGCUUACACAUAUAACCCAUUGAUUUGUGGCUAUUGCAAGAAGGGAUUGAUUGUUGAGGCAUUACGUUUUGAGGAGGAGAUGGUAAUUAGAGGAGUUAACCCAACUGUGGCAACUUAUAAUACGUUAAUGUAUGGCCUCUGCAUGUUGGGAAGCAUGGUGGAUGCUAGACAGCGGUUUUCUGAUAUGUUAAAGAAGAAUGUGAUGCCAGAUGUAGUUUCAUAUAAUACUCUAAUAUAUGGGUAUUGUAGGUUGGGGGAUAUUCGGGAGGCUUUUCUAUUGUAUAGUGAGUUACGAUGGAGGAAUCUUGCUCCUACUGUUAUUACCUAUAAUACUCUUAUAGAUGGUCUUUGCAGGUUGGGGGACUUGGAUGUAGCUCAGCAGAUAAAAAAUGAAAUGGUCAACCAAGGUAUUCGCGCUGAUGUUUUCACUUAUACGAUUCUGGUGAAUGGGUCUUGCAAGAUGGGAAAUUUGGCAAUGGCUAAGGAUUUCUUUGAUGAGAUGUUGCAAGAAGGAUUGAAGCCAGACCGCUUCGCAUACACAACUCGGAUAGUGGGUGAACUCAAACUUGGUGACACAUUAAAGGCAUUAAGUAUGCAAGAAGAGAUGCUAGCUGUGGGGUUCCCUCCUGAUUUGAUCACAUACAAUGUUUUCGUAAAUGGGCUCUGUAAGUUGGGCAAUUUGGAAGAAGCAAGUGACUUGUUGCAGAAAAUAGUUCGUGAUGGUCUUGUUCCCGAUCAUGUGACAUAUACUAGCAUCAUUCAUGCUCAUUUGGAAAAUGGACAACUUAGGAAAGCCAAAGAGUUAUUCAAUGAGAUGCUGAGUAAAGGCAUAUCCCCUUCAGUAGUGACAUACACGGUACUAAUUCAUGCGCAUGCGGGUAGGGGGAGUCUAGAACUGGCAUAUAUGUUUUUCUUGGAGAUGAAGGGGAAGGGUGUUUUGCCCAAUGUGAUCACCUACAAUGCUCUGAUAAAUGGUCUUUGCAAAGUUAGGAGAAUGGAGCAGGCUUACAAAAUUUUUGCGGAGAUGGAAGAAAAAGGAAUACUUCCAAAUAAGUAUACCUACACUAUUUUAAUAAGUGAGAACUGCAACAUGGGCAACUGGCAGGAAUCUUUGAGAUUGUAUGUAGAGAUGCUGGAUAGACAAAUUCAGCCUGAUUCUUGUACACACAGUGCACUUCUAAAACAGCUAGACAAAGAUUACAGAUUGCAUGCAGUCCAGUACCUUGAGAGUUUAAUUCUAGGUAGCAAAGAAACUUCUGAAGUGAGGACUUGAAAUAUCCCAUUGUGGCAUUCUUGCUGCCUCUGGUGAUUGUUGAGAGAGAGCAAUGUCUAUAAUUUGGAGUAGUCCAAUCAAACGAAAAGUUGCUCCACUAACCAUUGGGAUGGAGCUGCUGAUGGGUGAAUUUGGAAAUUUCAAAAGUCAAUGGUCAAAUACCUAUUUCAUUUUUGAUCCAUUGUUAGCUGCACUGAGCAAUACUUAAAACCAAUCCUUGGAUCGGAUCAAUAAAAUUAUAUAUUGGAGGCAGAAUUAUGCUUCAAAGAGUCAACAACAGACUUGGUAGGUUUUAACUCAAGACCUUACCCUCAACGUUGCACUCACAAGAGGAAGAGGCGCUGUUUAAGGUAGAGCUCUUUGGCAAAUACAGCCCAAUACCUUUACCAUUAAAUAAACUAGGAGCUGUGUUUGUAUCCGAGAGAGAGAGAGAGUAAUGGUGGAUCACUUAUUGCUUCACUGUCCUAUUGCUUUGGAGUUAUGGUCUAUAGUGUUUGGGUUAUUCAGAGUGUAUUAUGUUACACGGAAGUCUGUUGUUGAUCUAUUUGCUGCUUGGCAAGGGUGAUUUGGAAAUCAUAGAAAUUGUAUUAUUUGGAAAGCUGUUCCCCAUUGUGUGAUGUGGUAUAUUUGGAGGGAGAAGGAUAGGGAUGCUCGAAGUGUUGAGAACAUAGAAAGAAACAUACCGGAUACUAAGUUGUUCUUUUUAAGAACUCUAUUGGAUUGGAUGUCUACUAUGGGUUG